AUCAACCAACUAGCCGAUCAGGAUGAUCAAUUGGCAUUGUUCUUGGACUACUCUACCGGGUUGGGUGGUCGUCUAAACUCUAAACACACACACACUGUUCUUUUUCUUCUUCGGAGUUUUCUUCUGGGGUAACAACAUAUGGAAAUUACUGGAGAGAAUGAGGCCAAGAAAAGGGGCUUUGGAUGCAGCAAGGAAACCUUCUUACCGGAGGAAUCAUUCCAAAGCUGGGGAAGCUACGUCAACGCCUUGAAGAACACGAAAACGAGGCUCAAAGAUCGCCUCCUGGCGCGAUCCUUGGACCACCUGGAACUCAACCAAAUGAAAACUCGCAGCCAGCAUGAGAUGAAGAAGAACUUGAACUGGUGGGACCUCUUCUGGUUCGGCAUUGGCGCUGUGAUGGGCGCUGGAGUCUUCGUCCUCACCGGCCAAGUGGCCAGGACUGACACUGGCCCGGCUGUUGUAAUCUCUUAUCUCAUUUCGGGCUGCGCUGCGCUGCUGGCUGUGCUCUGUUACACUGAAUUCUCAGUCGACAUACCAGUCGCUGGGGGCUCAUUCGCCUUUCUGAGGGUCGAACUUGGCGAUUUCAUCGCUUUCAUUGCCGCGGGAAAUGUCAUGUUGGAGUAUGUUGUAGGCGUGGCCAGUGUGUCUAGAUCAUGGACCUCGUAUUUUGCCACUUUAUGCGACCAUAAACCUAAUGAUUUCCGCAUAAAUGUCUCAUUCCUGGCUGAAAACUACAGGCAUUUGGAUCCAAUUGCCAUUGCUGUUGCGGUUGUGAUCAGCAUUGGUGCAUCCCUGAGCAUCAAAGGCUCGGCAAGGUUCAACACAGUUGCCACCAUUGUGCAUAUUAUAGUCAUUUUGUUCAUCCUUGUGGCUGGCCUUACGAAAGCCAAUCCAGCCAACUUCUCAGACUUGGCGCCAUUUGGCAUUCGCGGGAUUCUGAAAGGUUCGUCAGUGCUGUUUUUCGCGUUCCUGGGAUUUGAUGGAGUCGCGACUCUGGGAGAGGAGAUCAGAAACCCGGGAAGAGACAUCCCCUUCGGGCUCAUUGGCUCCAUGGUGACAGUCAUAGCAACAUACUGCCUUCUGGCAGCAACCCUCUGCCUGAUGCAGCCAUACACCCAAAUUGACGCCGAUGCCCCAUUCACCGUGGCGUUUCAGGCCGCCGGGCUGAACUGGGCCAAGUUUGUCGUGGCGUUUGGGGCGCUCAAGGGCAUGACAACGGUGCUGCUGACAAGCAUCAUAGGCCAAGCCAGGUACUUCACUCACAUUGCCAGAGCACACCUGGCUCCGCCAUUUCUAGGAGUCAUCAACGAGAAGACUGGCACACCUGUGUAUGCCACGGUUGUCAUGGCGGUCGUGAACUCCAUUGUCGCCUUCUUUACUGGCCUGGAAGUUCUAGUGAGCCUCCUGUCCAUUGCCACGCUGUUUGUCUUCUCACUUGUCGCCUUGGCGCUGCUAGUCAGGCGGUACUAUGUCACCGGGGAGACAUCAAACUGUGAUAGAACCAAGCUGAUCGGAUUCCUGGGAUUUAUAAUAGCGUCCUCAGUAGGCUCGGCUAUUUACUGGGCGGUAAGCGAAACAGGGUGGAUCGGGUACAUAUUCACUGCUGGAACUUGGUUUUUGGCCACACUGGGACUGCAGCUGACAGUGAAGGAAGCGAGGAAACCCAAAGUAUGGGGAGUGCCACUGGUUCCAUGGCUGCCCUCUGCUAGCAUAGCCAUCAAUGUGUUCAUAAUGGGUUCCAUAGAUGGGGCAUCCUUUCUGAGGUUUGCAGUUUGGACAGUGGCUUUGCUCACUUACUAUUUACUCGUGGGCUUGCAUGCUUCAUAUGAUGCAGCCAAGGAAAGCACAGAUGGGGAGCCUGGAGUGAGAUCAAAUGCUUAG